AUGUUGACGAGAGCAAGACGACGUUACGCACACCCACCAUCCCCGGACUCGUCGCUCAGCUCCGCCUCGCCGUCACCGGAACCCAACCACGAAGAACUUCCGGUGACAGUAGUUGCGUCGAGCUCGAGCGACGAAUAUUUCUCCCCACCGACGUCGCCGCCACCUGUACGUCGGCCGAGGAGAGGCCGGCCACCGACGGGCUUGGGAGCCAGGGGUCAACAGACCCCGGGACGGGUCCCCGCUGCCGGUGGUUGUGCGCGGCGCAUGAAAUGGACUCAAACAAUAAAUGAGAACGUCAUGCGCGCGUACUACGGUGCUACGGAGGGAGGAACCAACCUCACUGCGUACCGUGAAAGGAUGCUGUCGAUGUUUCAGGUACUCGAGCCAUCCGUCAACGUCUCGGCUCAACGACUCUCGGAUCAGGUGCGGGUCAUCCAACGCAAUCGUAGAUUGGACGAGGCUGCACUUGAUCGGCUACGCUCAGAAGCACUGCGCAACCGUGUCGUCCCCGCCCCACCACAAGAGGUGGCACAAACACCUACAGUGUCACAAAAUGUGAUACCGACCACUCCUGCCGCUGGAGUGGAGGACGACAGGGUUGAACAAGUAAGUACUCAGUGCAAUGAACGACUGAGGAGUGCUUUGGAGGAUGCGAUUCGUGAGUAUAGAUUUGCUCCUUUAAAACCAAAACUGCCACGUUUGCCCAUGUGUGGAAAAAAUAGGGCGCUGGUAAGCGCUCUGGAUUCGCUACUUAAAACAUAUUUUGAAAGUAGCGAAAACCUCUAUGAUACACACUCGAUUCUGUACUGUGGGGCGGUAGCAGCUUGUCGAGUGGCUAACGUCAAAUUCUCGAAUCUUGACACAGCAGUCCGACCAAAACCAGCAGUACCAGCCUGGCAGUGCAGGAUUGAGCGUCGUAUCAGUGAGGCCAGGGUGCUUAUCGGCAAACUAUCCUGUUUCAGGGAGGGCAAUACUCGUCCUAGAGUGAUGCGCUUUGUAAGACGUGCAUUUGUGGGGACUGAAACCAGUCCUCAUGAAUACAUGUCGCGUGUUACAGAGCGCAUCGACUUCCUGAAGCAGAAAGUCUACGCAUGGGCAAAUCGUAUCAGGCGGUACAAAAAACGAGUUGAGCGAUAUACUUAG